GAAGGGGAACACCACUCCAGUAACCUUCUCAAACAUUUUCUUAUAAAUAUCUCUAAUCAUUCCAAAAUAUUAGACACUUUUACGAUUAGAUUCAGAUUUAAAUUAAAAAUAAUAAUAAAAAGGGAAGAAAAGGGUUCAGGUGAGGAGUGGUGUAGGGCAUGAAAUUCUUACUGGAGCUCGUCGUGCCUUGCUUUGGUUCGCAGCAGUUCCACCACUCCGCCGCAACCGUGGAUGAUUCCAUUUCAGGCGAAACGCAGUCGCUAAUGAAACAGCGAAGGCGGCGGAAACGCGUCAGAGUUGCGGGCCAACCGGGACAAGAGUGGAGACCGUCCCUCAGUGUGAUCUCCGAGCACAAGCCGGCGAUAACUGAGAAAUCGGAAGAAGAGAGGAAAUCCCCUCGGAAAAGUGAAGUCAGCGGCGGAGACUCCUCGUACCGAUCCGGUGGUAGUCAUGUUCGUUUCAGCAGUGACGGUUUGGGGAGUAAUGAUUUUGAACCAGUAAUUCCGACAUUCUCACCGACCCCGUUUAUGUUUUGAGAUUCACUUUCUUCGUAAAGUUUGUUUAUGUAUAUAAAUAUUAUGUAUAUAUAUAUUUGAUAUUAACUAGUAACUGCCACCGAUAUAUAAGCAUAUAUCAAUAAAUAUGUUUGUUGAUGAAAAAAAAAGUUUGUUUAUCAAUGUUGAAUGUUAAGUUUAUCUGCUUACCCUA